GACAUCAUUGCUGUCGAAGUUGUUCCUCCUACUCCGGCCGCGACAUCGGAUAUCCUCGACAUGCUGUUCAGGCCGACAGAUCAAGAUGGAAGCGACAUCAGCAUAGAGGUUGUUCCCUCCACACCCGUACAAGGAGCGAUGCGAACGGAUUUCAUGGCUACCCCUGGCGCGCCACGUCUACCCCACAUCGUCCAGUUCUCAUAUGAUCCCCUAUAUGCAUGACGCACGAGGGCAUGUUAUUACGGAGGAAUGGUCGAUACGUUUUUAUGUAUCCAUCCGUCGAUCUCAAUGAUUGAAGAGUGC